AAAUGGCGGAGGCUUCGCCGCAGCCCGGACGGUACUUCUGCCACAGCUUUUCGACCGAGAUCUCCCCACGGCUGCCGGAUUAUAUCUGCCCAAGGUGUGAGUCUGGUUUUAUAGAAGAGCUUCCGGAAGAGUCCAGAAAUACUGAAAAUAGUUCCAACUCUGCUACAGCUCCCAUGGAUCAGAACAGACAACCAUUUGAGAAUGUGGAUCAGCAUUUAUUCACCUUGCCACAGGGCUAUGGCCAGUUUGCCUUUGGGAUUUUUGAUGACAGCUUUGAAUUUCCCACAUUCGGCUCUGGGGUGCAGUCUGAGGACGCCAGGGACUCGGAGAACAGGCGGGAGAGAGAACACCAGUCCCGCCACCGCUAUGGCGCACGGCAGCCACGGGCCCGCCUCACUGCACGGCGUGCUGCAGUCAGGCAUGAAGGCGUCCCAACGUUAGAAGGGAUUAUUCAGCAAUUGGUCAAUGGAAUCAUUGCACCGGCAACAAUACCAAACCUGGGAUUGGGCCCUUGGGGUGUUUUGCAUUCAAAUCCAAUGGACUAUGCGUGGGGUGCUAAUGGCCUGGAUGUGAUCAUUACACAGCUCCUUAAUCAGUUUGAAAACACCGGUCCCCCACCAGCAGACAAAGAGAAAAUACAAGCCCUUCCCACCAUACAAGUCACAGAGGAACACGUAGGUUCAGGGUUAGAAUGUCCCGUAUGCAAAGAUGACUAUACGCUGGGUGAGAAUGUCCGGCAGUUACCUUGCAAUCACUUAUUCCACGACGGCUGCAUAGUCCCUUGGCUGGAACAGCAUGAUACCUGCCCAGUGUGUCGGAAAAGCUUAAGUGGACAGAACACUGCCACAAAUCCCCCGGGACUGACAGGAAUGAAUUUUUCUUCCUCCUCUUCCUCCUCCUCCUCCAGUUCGCCAAGUAAUGAAAAUUCAACAAACAACUCGUGAAUCUCACCACCAGCCAGUCCAACCAACUACCCCCGACCUUCUUCCCUCUUUCCCCUUUGACCCCAAUCCUACCCUGUUCAUUGCCCAUCUGCUUCCUGGUCAGAGGGAGCAGCUAAUCUUCCCCCACCCCACACUGAACCCAGGAGACAGAGUGGGGGGAAGGGGGAGGGGGCGGGAGAGACCCCAAGACCCC